UCAGCCCAUGCUGGGGUGAAACCCUGACACUCAGAGAGGCCGAAUGACGUCGCUAAGGUCUCACACAGCCCGUGACGGGCUGCCGAGGUUUCAACCCAGGUCAGGGGAUUCCAGAUCCCCCGCCACCUCGCUCCCCCACGGCUGCUCCCAGGAAGACAAAGUGAGGUUCAUUCCAUCCAUCUGAAAGCUCAGGCAGAGGCUGUUCCGACGUCCCUGGGCGCCACGCUGAUGCUGCUCAACAAACCAGUGCCUGCCAGGAGCCCGGGCAUAGGGAUCAGUGGUGAGAGACUCAGCUCCCGCUGCUGCAAGAGGAACCCUUGACCACCGAGUCUCCAGGUCUGAGAAGGAAGGACGGGACUCAGAGGGCUUUGGUGUCAGGGGCCUACCUUCCCGUCCUGUACCCCGCACCUGAAGAAUCCCAGCCUCCAGCAUCUGCCUUUCCUCGCACUCCAGGGGAUUCUGAUCACAGGCUUGUAGCCGCGGCCCCCCGAGCCCGACCGCCGCCGCCACCACCAGCGCCCGGGCGGGCCUCGCGCGCCUCGGGCGCGGCUCCGCAGUGAGCCCACCAAGAAGGAAGCGGCCUGCAGAGGUGCCGACAUGGGGCUUAAGAUGUCCUGCCUGAAAGGCUUUCAAAUGUGUGUCAGCAGCAGCAGCAGCAACCACGACGAGGCCCCCGUCCUGAACGACAAGCACCUAGACGUGCCCGACAUCAUCAUCACGCCCCCCACCCCCACGGGCAUGAUGCUGCCAAGGGACUCGGGGAACACAGUCUGGCUGGAUGAGACAGGGUCGUGCCCGGAUGAUGGAGAAAUCGACCCGGAAGCCUGAGGAGGUGUCGUGGGUUUGCCUGGCUGCCUCCUGCUCCAUUGUCCCAGCUUCAAGUGUCUGGGGGCGUGGCUGCCUGGAGCAGGUGUACUGAAUACCCUGGAUGGGAACUGAGCGAAUCCGGGCCUCCGUUCGGAGAGACGUGGCAGGACCAGAGAGGAAUCCAGCCUGCCCAGUUCCAGAACAGUGUUUCCCAGGCCCCGCCGAGUGGACAGGACCUCUGACACCUCCAGGUUCUUGCUGACUCCAGCCUGGUGAAAGGGAGCGGCAUGGUCCUGGCUGUUGGGGUCCCAGGGAGAGGCUCUCUUCUGGACAAACACACCCUCCCAGCCCCCAGGGCUCUGCAAACACAUGCCCCUGCCAUAAGCACAAUCAAGAACUUCUUGCAGGUGGAGUGGCUGUUUUUUAUAAGUUGUUUUACAGAUAUGGAAAUAGUCCAAAACGAGAUUUAUCAUUUCUUUUUUGCAUUCUAAAUAAAGAUCCUCUGUAACAAAUA